AAAUAGGCUCAGGACGGGGAUGAGAACCGCCUAUCGCUCGCAUCCUCCAGUCGAGCUGCACCUGCACGCCGCCAGCCAACGACAAGACUCUGACAAGUGCCAGCCGCGCGAUGACGAUCAAGCUCUACGGAUUCCCGCCCUCGCAUGCCACACGGCGCGCCGCCGUGAUCUUCAAGGAGCUCGGCGUGCCAUACGAGCUCGUCAAGGUGGACAUGCUCACGGACGAGCACAAGGCCGCGGCGUACCUCGCGCACCAGCCGUUCGGGCAGGUGCCGUACAUCGACGACGACGGGUUCGUCCUGUUCGAGAGCCGCGCGAUCGGGCGGUACCUCGUCGCGAAGUACGCUGGGCCGGCGCAGAAGGGCUUGAUGCCGACCGCGGAGGACCCCCAGCGGAUGGCGCUGUUCGAGCAAGCGGCGAACGUGGAGCUGGGGAACUUUGAUGUGUAUAUGAACGCGCUCUCGUGGGAGGUGAUCUUCAAGAGGUAUUCGAAGUUGAUGACGGACGAGACGAUCGUGGCGGAUCUGUUGAAGACGUUGAACAGCAAGCUCGACGCGUACGAGGUCCUCCUGUCCAAACACCGGUACCUUGCUGGAGACGAAAUCACAUUGGCGGACCUGUUCCAUCUACCUUUCGGGAACACCAUGGGGAGCAUGGGAUACGAUCUACUCACCACUUCGUCGAGACCGAACGUGUCCAGAUGGUGGAGGGACAUCAGCUCCCGCCCGGCAUGGCAAGCUGUGAAGGAGAACGCUUGAUAACCCGCGGUUAGGGUCGUGUGAGCAGCUUGUAGAGUAGCAUGUCGAGAAGAAGAAACAUGGGUCUGAUCUGGACCUACGCUGGCGUGCACUCGAAAGAAGCUCUCACCAAGGGCAUCAAGGAGUCAGCGAACGGAUAGCUCAGUCAUGAGUAGACGAUGUCAAGGAUCAUGGAGGGUGAACGAGGACGUACAUGCAACGUCGCCAUGCUGAGACACCACGACAGCUCAGUAUAUGUGACACUCUGUGUUGGGCUAGUGAAAACGAAACGUAGCAUUGACGGGCAAUGGCUGCAGAGGCAUGUAGUCUGCGAUUAGUGUGUGACGGCCAUUGAGUACCGCACUGCUGCGAGCCUCAAAGGGUGGGUAGAGCGACAGAACAACCGAUAGAUAGAAACUUCUAAGGUGAAACAUGGUCAGCCCGUAGCCUUCCAGCACGUCG